UGGAGUCACGUUGCAGUGACAGACGUGGGGCGGGACUCGGACCGUUCAUUUCCACAAAGUUGUUGCAGUACGUCCGAUCUGCUGCUCGGGGUCGCUUGAAAAGUCACGUAAGACGUCUGCUCGACCAGCUCCAGCCGAUUCUGGGACCAUGACUGACGAGGCAGCUGUGGAGGAAGACAUCAGCCCAGCUCAGAGUCCUCUGGUGACACUCAGCUUCCAGAGAGACGACAACAGGAAACAGAAGUAUCUGGAGGCUGAGCCCAAAGCUCUGGGGAUCACCCAGAUUGCUCUGAGCCUGUUUAACAUCAGUAGUGAGAGUGUGCUUAAAAUUGGAGACAUCCAAGACAUCCCGUUAGACAUCCACUUCUACAUUUCAUCUGUGCUGGUGGCGAUAGCUGGCAUUGUGGCGAUAGCGGCACAGAGCCUCCAGCUGUCAACACUCAGAGUGUGCUUGGCGACGCAGAUUGUGGCAUGUGGGGCCUCCAUUUUCAAUAUAAUCUGCACCCUGGUUAAAAUGGAAGAGGUUGACAGGUUCUGCUGGGUCACCUACAAUCACACGCUUCCCGAUUUUGAAAUCUGCCAAGAAAUAGAGAGGUCACACAUGCUCUUUUAUUCUGAGAGUGCCCUGGUCCAGGUUGCUCUGUUUGCCAUCUCUGUCACUCUGGCUGUCUACUGCUGCAAAGUGGUCAACUGCUGUGCACCAAAACUGCCGGUGAUCACUGUACAAGCUCCCAAAAGAGACAAAAGAACAGGAAGACGCGUUCCAGCGCAUACUGUGAUCAUGGCUGACGAAGCGGCCGUUGUGGAGGAAGACAUCAGCCCAGCUCAAAGUCCUCUGGUGACACUCAGCUUCCAGAGAAACGACACCAGGAAACAGAAGUAUCUGGAGGCUGAGCCCAAAGCUCUGGGGAUCACUCAGAUGGGCCUCAGUCUGUAUAACAUCGUCUGCGGAAGUGUGUUCCUGGCCAAAGGUUUAACUCAUCUAGAGCAUCAGAUCCCAUUCUUCGUUUCAUCGCUGCUGGUGGUGAUCGCUGGGAGUGUGGCUGUAGUGGCACAGAACCUCCAUCUGUCAACUCUCAAAGCCUGUCUUGGGAUGCAGAUUGUGGCAUGUGGUGCCUCCAUUGUCAACAUGGUCUGUGCUCUGAUUAAAAUGGAGGUGGAGACCUAUUCCUGUUGGCGGAAUUAUCAUCCUUAUAAUGACACAUUUAAUGGUGACGAUUUGUGCUAUGAAGUGAGGGAAGUCCACCUGCAAUUUUAUAGUGAGAGUGCCCUUGUCCAGGUUGCUCUGUUUGCCAUCUCUGUCACUCUGGCUGUCUACUGCUGCAAAGUGGUCAACUGCUGUGCUCCAGCUCCAAAAAUGCCGGUGAUCACUGUACAAGCUUCCCCAACACAACAGUGAGGAGACAGUGGGACACAAGCCACACAGAAAUGGUGCAGUGUUACUGGCACUGAUCAAUAUUUUCUAAUAUUAUUAGACAUUUGUGUAACUUGAACUGUGCCACUUCUAAUGAUGUUCAUGGCAGUUGCAUGUUGCGUGGCAGCCCAGUGCUCCCCCAGGGGUUGGGUUACAUGCAGAGGACCGAUUUCAUUGUGACAUUGUAACAGAUGUGAUGAUGAAAAACAAAGGCUUUCUUCUUCUUCUAUUAGAUGCAGCUUUAGAUCAAAUGUCUUAGAUAUAACUUUCAUGUUGCAUGACACAUAUUCACAGUCUGAACUGAAUAACUGAACUGAAUAUUAUUCUGCCAUAAACAAAAUAAUUUUAAUAAC